CGGUUUGUUUACAAGUAAAUUUUCAAUUGCGUUAAACCACUUUUCGCUCGCGAUGGACGAUAAUGAAGAGUUAGAUUACGUGGAGGAAGAUUACUACGCAACUUUAAAUUUACCUCGGAGUGCUACCCAAGAGGAGAUAAGCAAAGCUUACAGAAAUCUUAGCCGGAUUUUCCACCCAGACAAACACGGCAAUGGGGAAAGCAAGCAAAAAGCUGAACUUAUGUUUAAUCGCACGAAAAAGGCAUACGAAGUGCUGUCCGAUCCCCAUCAGCGUGCCAUUUACGAUUCACUCGGUGUAAAAGGCCUCGAGACGGAAGGUUGGGAAAUUGUGCAUCGCACCAAAACACCGAAUGAAAUACGGGAAGAAUAUGAGCGUUUGGCACAGGAGCGGGAAGAACGGCGCUUGCAGCAAAAAACCAACCCGAGAGGGAACAUUUCGGUGCACAUCAAUGCGACCGAUUUUUUCAGUCGCUAUGAUGACGAAUAUUACGACACCGGUUUGCUACCAUCGAUCGAGGUGUCAGGCAUGAGCAUGUCACAGUCGAUCGAGGCACCUUUGUCGCGGACGGAAAUUGCAACACUUUCCGGCAGUCUUCAUCUCCAAAAUGGUGUAGGCAGUGGUAACUUCCUUCUCUCCGGGAAGCGGUUAAUCAACAAGGGUUGGUUUGAGGUUGACUGCGGCGCUGGCAAUGGACCCGUGUUGGGUGCGAAAGGUUCCCGUAAUCUUACGAACAGGAUUUUUCUCACCGGAGGAACAACGUUCCAUUUUCGACCGAAUGCAAUCAUACCGGGUUUGACAGGAACUACGGCAAUACAGCUUGAUAAGAACACGGUAGGGUAUCUGACGUACAAUGCGGGAUUGCAGAACUCUAUGUCAACCGUUGUGGAAAGGAACACGGAAAAGUACCAUUGCAAUCUAACUAUAACGUUGGGUAUUCCUCACUGCUAUGUGGCUGCCGCGUACACGAGGAAACUAUUAGAGCAAGGUCUAAAACUCAGAGUAGCGCUAAAAGGUGGCACGUUUGGCUUCCUGUCCGAAUGCGGAGCAGAGAAGAAGGUCUCAAAGUACAGUGCUGUUUCUGCGACAGUUUGUGUCGGUGUACCGUCUGGCGUGAUGCUAAAAAUUAAAAUUAUCCGUUCUACGCAAACGUACUUGUUCCCGAUUCAUCUGAGCGAGGAAAUCAUUCCGGCAGCUAUAUUUUAUGCUACCGUAACGCCUCUACUAACGUACUUCGUGCUGAAGAAAAUGGUGUUCGAUCCUAUGAAUGAGGCAACAAAGCAGAAAAACAUUGAACGGGUGAAAGAAACAAACAGUGCACGGAUGGCGGAAAAACGAAGAGAGGCCGAAUCGGCAAUUUCCCUGAUGGGUGCACUGUACGAGCGCAUACGCAAAGACGAAUUCAAAAGCCAGGGACUAAUCAUCGUGUCGGCCUUGUAUGGUAAAUUUUCGGACGUUGAUAAUGUUUCUCUGGAAGAAGCGGACGAUAUGGGCUUUUUGCAGCAGAAUCCUUACGUUAUUGAUGUUCGGAUUCCUUUGCAAUGUCUGGUAAAAGAUUCGCAGCUGACUUUGUAUUCAUCUAGCAAGAGUGAACUUCCUGGUUUUUACGAUCCUUGCUUUGGUGAAGAGAAACAGCUAAAAAUUGACUACGAGUUUAGAAACAAUUCCUACAGCUCGGUAUUUGCGGACGCGGAACCCGUUCGUCUUCCGGUGGUAACGAACGACACCGCACAAUGA